AUGGAAGACACCAUCAGAGCCGGGCGUGCCAAGUAUGCGGCCGGCCAAUACAAAGAAGCCCUGCAUGUUUUCACAGAGGCUAUAAGCCUCUGUCCUUGUGCGCUGGAAAGGAGGAAGAGGAAGCGAGAGGCCCAAGAGCUCCAUGAUACAGAGGGAGCCGACCAGGCAGCUCUGGAUGUGACUGUCGAAUGCUACAAUUCUCUUCAUCUUCAAGCUCUUAGCUACCGGGCUGGAACGUUUGAAAAGAUUCCAGACAUUCGCCGCGCGAAAGCUGAUGCGCAGCGAAUGGUGCGUAUAGCGCCAUGUUCACCUGAAGGCUAUCUUCGCACAAAUAAGGUUCUACGGAUCGAUCAAGAUCCAGGAGCUGCUUUCGACUUGCUGACCAACGGUAUUCUAAGGCUUCUAGAGGGAGAAGGCGCUCAAGUGGAGGAUAUCAAGCGUCUUGAUCAAGCUCGAGAUCCACUUAAGCUCAGAUUCAGCAGGAUUGACCCUUUGGGUGAAUUUUUGAGUCUUAGUUUGAUGUCAAAGACCAGUCUGCCAGGGGAGCUUGUUCGAGAUAUCUUUGGCCGCUUGGAUAUAUUCACUUUGUGCCAGUGUCUGCGUGUAUCCAAAUCUUGGAAGAAAGCGUUAACGGCCCCAGCAAGCGCGCGGUUCUGGAAAUCAUUAAUUUUUCCUGGUGCCAUAGCCCCGCGCGUUCCAUUCACCUCGUUGAGGAAGUUACUUUCUUACUCGUUAAACGAUGUUAGGGAGUUUGUCAUUGAUGAUUGUUCAAGAUUUAGGCUAGAUCAGGGGAAAUUCACUGCUGUCUUGAAUGCAGGAGCCAGGCUGGAACGCUUAGAGCUAGCUAGACCAUAUGAACGGCUGGACAUUUCGAUCUCCAAUUUUAGGGGAAAUCUCAAGACUCUCAAGCAGUUACGACUUGACGGAUUCUAUCAACUUUAUGCGCCUAGUCACGAAGAAAGAGAUCCAUAUCUCUAUUUUUUACUGACCGCCGUGAACACACUGGAGACCUUGACCCUUGUCGGAAUUCCCAGGCAGUGGUUCAAUCCAGUGGGAAUUUCUUAUAUGCCUAAUUUGAAGCAUCUCAAAUUAAUCAAGGCUCCCAAUCAGCCAUGGCAAUUGCCCAUUCUUCAAUGGUUAAGACAUACCCCCCAGCUCGAGCAACUCUAUGUAGAGAAUCUCAUUUUCAGCUGCCAUCUUCCAGAUGAGGAGCCAUUUGACGAUUGCUGCGUACCAAACCUCAAAUCCCUUACGAUUGUGGAUACGCAAAAUCGUCCGAAUCGCGGUCAUCACCAUCACCAUAUACACCCAAACCAGAUAGGUUCAACCGAAGCAUACCAGUAUCUUACAGCUCUAAAUUUGGGAAAGAAACUCAAGCACCUAGAUAUAUGUUACGAGCUUGAAUACAUGGACAUGAGCCCGGAAGAUGGCGAUAUCUUUAGUCGCAUGCAGCGGCAUCUGUCGAGUGCAUACGAAGACUUGCAGACAAUACGUCUCUCGGACACAGUCCUAUCGCCAGAAACAGCGCAUAAUCUAUUCAUGCCGUCCGUAAGAACUGGCAAGCUGCACUCGUUUGACAUCAUCUUUCCUAUGCAACGUUUGGACGAGGGGCCAGAGGGAACAAGCCCCAGUCACAUCCAGGGGUACAAGUGGCUUGAAGGGGCCGAGAGCAUUCGACGGCUGGGCUUGUACGAUUUUAGCUUCAAGCCACACAUGUACCCAAAGGACAAUCCUCUGAUCCAGUUCCUGCAAACUUUUCCAUGCUUGGAAGAGCUGAGCCUGGAGUCAGAGCGGUAUAUCCCCCAUCACUUCGUUCAGCUUGUCCAAGACGUAUUGGUCUCGGUGAAACUCAAAACUCUGUAUAGCACGACGGUUCAUAACAUCAAUUUUGAUCAAAUAAGACAGCUAGCGGAAGACAAAGGCGUGAAUUUUGUCUGGACGAAGCAGACUCGAGUGUGGCCAAUGCAGUUGAACGAGGAUUAA